UCGCUGGGCAUAUUUGUUGUCAUGCGUCAUGCCGGCGGCUGAGUACCGGCAUCUUACUGAGUACCUUGCCGGUACUCAGUAAGAUGCCGGUACCACAUGGGUAAAAAUCAGAAGUGCCGGUACUGCGUACCGGUGAGUACCGGCCCAAUUCAAGCACUGCCUUUGUGGAAGAAGAAUAUCAGGUUGUGCGGAGACACGUACCCACAAGAUGGUUGAGUCUGUGGCCUGCUGUCAAGAGGCUACAUGACAGCUGGAGAGCUAUCAAGAGCUACUUCUUGUCACUGGGAGAGGAUAAGUGCCCAAAUUCACUGUGGCAGCUGUUCAAAAAUGAUGAGGAUGGUGAUGGGAAACCCCUAGAGCUACAGUUGUACCUGUCCUUCCUCAAUAAUGUUCUGAAAAUCUUCCACGAUGUUGUGCUGCUAUUGGAGAGAGAGGACGGGACCGUAUGUGAGCUAUAUGACAUGAUGCUCACUCUCAAGACAAAGCUCCAACAACGACAGAUUGAUUCCUUCUUUGGAAUGGAGAACAGUGCUAUCCUCCAACAGUUUCCAGACCAAAAGGCAGCAGCAAUCAAACAUGAUCUUUCCAAGUUCUACCAGGCUGCUCUCAACUACCUUGAGAAGUGGUAUGACUUCACAGACAACAACUACCAGAAGAAUGUUGCAAGCUUGGCACUGAAGUGCAAGUUCACAUUCUCCCAUCUCUGUGAUGCAGUGGAGGUCCUACAGAUAAGGGGGAAACUAGACAUGGAUGAACUGUAUGAUGAAUACUGUGUGACUUUGCCACGCCAGCAGGACGUUGAGGAGAGAAGAGCUCCUGUUGUGGAGAAGUGGUCCACCUUGCUUCAAGGCACAAACACACCAAAUCUGACUGCUGUGGCAUCCUUUCUCUUAAGCAUCCCCAUCACUAAUGCUUCGGUAGAGAGAGUGUUUUCCCUCAUGACGGCAGCGUGGACUGACCAGCGGAACCGGUGCUCUGUGGAGCUUAUCAAGUCUGAAAUUCAAGUCAAGACCAACUUUGAAUACAGUUGUAAGGAAUUCUACACCAAUGCACUCAAGGAGAAGGCCUUAUUGGAAGCUGCACGCUCAAGCAAAAAGUACAAAGUCAAGAAGAGCAUCUAAGGUGCUUUCCAUGGUGCUGGAAGUGCAUAGCCAUAGCCUGUGUGGGGGGGCCCACCUGCUGUUGCUGUGACAAAACUGAAAGCUAUUUUAUGUAUUAUAAUGUUUUUGUUCCCUCCUGGCCAGUUUUGAUUUGUAUUUAUGGUUUUAUUUUAUCUAUUAAUUUAUGUUGUGCCUACUUUUACAGGUAAUACACUAGUUGAAUUAGGAAGAUGCAUUUCUAAACACUUGAAGUGAAUAAUGCCUGCUGACUUGGUUAGCCUUAGUUUACUUUUCUUUAUUAAGAGACUAAAUUGUUACUGCAUUUUGACUUCACUGUCUGCUCUGUUGUUAUAUAUUUGUUAAGUUUUUAUCUGCAUUGUUUAUUGGAUGCUGUUGAAUAAACCAAAUGAAACAGAAUAGAAAUUCA